AUGUGCUUAGUAUUAGCACUACUGCCUCAGAGAGCAUGGGAUGUUCUGCUUGAUAACUGUCUCAUCAGUGACCCUCUUCCUAUCAAUCACAAGUACUAUCACUCUGGAGACAUCAACAUUGCUGGCAUUAUUUCUCAGAUCUACACAUUUUCCAACACUGUAACCUUCAAAUCGCAUCCCUCUCAUGAACUCCUUGGUGACCUCAUCCAUUUUGUUGCAACCUGGAUCUAUCUUGCUGCAAUGGAACUUCUCUCCACAUGGGGCAGAUUCAUUCCUAACUACAAGUGUGACAGGCAGGAUAAUGCAGUGGCUGUCAUCGGGGGCCCUAACUCAGAUGUGAGUCUCUUCAUGGCAAACAUUCUGUGUGUCUACAAGGUUCCACAGCUCAGGUAUGGCUCUGCUCCUGUGAUGAAUGAUCAAAGUCAAGAAGGUUUCUUCCAAACAUUAUUCCCUAAAGAAGACCACCAGUAUAUAGGGAUACUACAGUUACUGCUGCUCUUUAGGUGGACUUGGAUUGGGGUAAUUUUUGCAUACUACAGCGGAGAGACGUUUGCAGAGACUGUGCUGCCCAAGUUUUCUCAGAGAGGAAUCUGCUUUGACUUUAUAGAAAAAUUGCCAACUGUGUAUUUUAACACUGAUAUUGCUGAAAAGGUGGCAGAGUGGGACAAAACAUACACAGAUAUUAUGAGAAGUACAGCCAAUGUUGUGAUCCUACAUGGUGAAAUUACCGCUAUGAUAUUUUUGUUAACAUUUCCGGCGUUUUCAGAAACUUUCGACAUACCAGUGAAGACAAAAGUCUGGAUAAUGACGGCCCAGGUGGAGUUCACAUCACUUCCCCUUCAAAGGUUGUGGGACAUAGACAUCAUCCAUGGUGCUCUAUCCCUUGCAAUUCACUCAAAGGAUGUGAUAGGAUUCCAGAAUUUUCUUCACAACAGAAACCCUACCUCAGAUGAAGAAGAUGGUUUUCUCCGGGACUUCUGGCAACAGGCAUUUAACUGUGUGUUCCCAGACACUGAGGUAGAAAAGCAGAAUGAAAAAAUCUGCACUGGGGAAGAGAAACUGGAGAGUCUUCCUGGGUCUGUUUUUGAAAUGAGCAUGACCAGCCACAGCUACAGUGUCUACAAUGCUGUCCAUGCUGUGGCACAUGCUUUGCAAUCCCUGCAUUCAUCGGUGUCAAAACGUAGAGCAAUGGUGGAUGGAGUGAGGCAGGAGCUUCUGAAUCAACAGCCAUGGCAGCUUCACCACUACCUGCGAAGUGUUUCAUUUAACAACAGUGCAGGAGAAAAGGUUUCCUUUGAUGAAAAUGGGGAAUUGGUAGCAGCGUUUGAUAUUAUCAACUGGGUCACAUUCCCAAACAAAUCUUUUCUUAGAGUCAAAGUUGGAGAGAUUGACCCUAGUGGCCCCAGAGGACAAACAGCUACCAUUGCUGUAGAUGCUAUUAUAUGGCCCAGCACCUACAACCAGGCACAGCCCAUUUCUCUGUGUAAUGAUUUGUGCCAUUUCGGUUAUAGUAAAAGAAAGAAGGAAGGGGAGCCAUUUUGCUGCUAUGAUUGUCAUCCAUGCCCAGAAGGGAAGAUUUCAAACCAGAAGGACCAGGAUAACUGUGAUGAAUGUCCAGAAGAUCAUUUUCCAAGCAAGGAUCAGGCUUUUUGCAUUCCCAAAGUCAUCAGUUUUCUGACUUACACAGACCCUUUGGGGAUCAGUUUGGCUAUCAUUGCUCUUUCCUUUUCUUUCAUCACAAUUUUGGUGUUUUCGAUCUUCAUUACGCACAAGGACACGCCCAUAGUCAAAGCCAACAACCGAAACCUCACCUUCACUCUGCUUAUCUCCCUUCUGCUCUCCUUCCUUUGUGCCUUACUAUUCAUUGGCCGACCUGAGAAGGUGACUUGUCUCCUUCGACAAACUGCUUUUGGCAUCAUCUUUUCAGUGGCCGUUUCUUGUGUUUUGGCCAAAACCAUCACUGUGGUUCUUGCUUUCAUGGCCACCAAGCCAGAGUCCAGAAUGAGGAGAUGGGUAGGGAAAAGACUGGCUAAUUCCAUUGUCCUUUCCAGCUCCUUUACUCAAGUCACUAUUUCUGCAGUUUGGCUAUCUCUAUCUCCGCCAUUUCCAGAUUUUGACAUGCAUUCAAUGACUGAAGAAAUUAUACUGGAAUGUAAUGAAGGUUCGGCUAUCAUGUUCUACUGUGUCCUGGGUUUUAUGGGUUUCCUGGCCAUUAUCAGCUUCACAGUGGCUUUCCUAGGCAGAAACUUACCUGAUAGUUUUAAUGAAGCCAAAUUUAUCACCCUCAGCAUGUUAGUCUUCUGCAGUGUUUGGCUGACUUUUGUUCCAACUUACCUGAGCACAAAAGGAAAAUACAUGGUGGCUGUGGAGACCUUCUCCAUUUUGGCCUCUAGUGCUGGGUUACUGGGCUGCAUAUUCCCUCCCAAAUGCUAUAUCAUUGUGGUAAGGCGUGAUUUGAAUAACAAACAGCAGCUAAUGAGAAGACAUUAUUAA